AUGUUUGUUAUGAACCGUCUGAACCAAAAAGUGCAAAAUCCACAGUUUCGUUUACAAUCACAUGAGCCCUUUCCACUACUCUGUCAACAAAUUGCAAAUAAUAGAAUCAAUAGUAGAAAUUAUCGUUACAUCGAUAAACCUAUCAUUUUCUCAUUUAUUUCAGAACCACAGUCACCAGUUGAGCAUCUCCUUGAUAAAUUUCCACCAAUUGGUAUUCAAUUAUUUCUCAUUGUUCGUGGUUCAUUAUCAACAGAAGUUUUGUUAGUUGCUUUUAAAAAACGAUAUCGAGUUAAUUACGAUGCAAUUGUUGUCAAUAAUUUAUUAAAAAAUGAAAAUGAAAAUUAUCAAUUUUUACUAAUCAAUGUUACAUCAGAAAAUAUUUUAAAACAAAUUGUAGAUUACAAAGAAACUAUUCAUGUUAUUUUAGAUGUUGGAGCAUUAUUCAUCGAUGGAACCAAUCGAGAUAUUGCCAUUCAAUGGCUGAAUCUAUUAUCAGAUAAAAAUACGAUCGAUUUAUAUGUUGUUUACUUUGAUUCAGAUUCAAUCGUUGUUUGUGAUCGUCAAUUGUAUCAUUAUCCAUUUGUAACAUCUCCAGCGAGUGAACGAUUAGAUCGUUGUAUAUUUUAUUUAUAUAAAAUUCAUGCUCGAAGAACUGAUUUUAAAUUCUCUAUGGGAUUCAAAGCUGCUGUAACAUUAGAAAAUGGUUUAACAAAAGAUCGUUUUAUUCAAGCAGGUAUGAGAAUGAGAAAAUUACGUAAUAGUCAUUCUCUAACAUUCUGGAGUUCAUAUGAAGUUCACGAACAAAUCAAAACAUUAAAAACAAAAUCUCCGAAUAAAAAUGACUUCAUCAAAUUGAUUGAUAUUCUUCGUUGGGUCUAUAAAAAUACUCAACAAUCAACUUGGGAAGGUUUACAUCAUUGGGCUAUAUAA